AUUGCUCAGCAGCCCUCCGAAAGCGCAGGCGCAUCGCACCGAGUGGACAUUUUGGUCUUUGUCCGCUGGUCAGUCCGUCCGUGGGUCCACGUGGCGCGAAAGUAGGAGGUCCCCAUUCUUGUGCAUCCCUGGAAAUUGCAUCGUCCUCAUCCUUCAGAAAGCCCGAGGCCCCAGGGCUCAGACUGAGUUCUAGACUGGUAUUUUGGCCCAGCAUUAACAUUCUAGUGGUAUGUCAUUUCCCCAAUAGCAGGUUAUAAGCUGACCAAGCUGAACGUGAACCUCUUUUGGAGCAAAAAGACAAAUUGGAUGGUGGAGAAAGGAAUGAAAGGAAAUUUUUUCAGGUAAGUCCCUUUAACAUUUCAUAUAAUAAGGGCUUGGUGAUGAACUCCUUGAACUUGACCUUAUCUGAGAAGCACUGUAUCUGCCAUUCCAUUCUAAAUGAAAGCUUUGCUGGAUAGAGCAAUUUUGAAUAAGACCCCUGAGAUGAUGAGCAGAUAGAGAGGCAACAAGACUUGGGAGGCAAGUUACAUCUGUCUUCAGUGAGGUACAGACUGAAGGAGAAAAGCAGUGAAUAUAAAAAAUUGGAAAAAUAAUUCCUCUGAUCUCAGACUAUACAUCUUUUAAAGCAACACCUUUUUCAACUUACCUCGGAAGAGUUUGAAACAUAAUUUAGACUUGAUCUUGAGGGAUGUUGUAUAGGAACAAAUCAUCGGUUGUAUUAAUUUGUAAAUUCUGACGCAGGUUAUUCCUUACUGUAAUAAGUAUAAAUCAGUGUGGAAAUGCCUUCAGUUUAAAAAGUUUGUACUCCAUCUGAUACCAGAAUAUUCAUACCCUCUGAAGUUACUGAAUGUGGGAAAACUUACUCAUGUGUCACACCUUAUGAAAUGUAGAAAUCAGGCUGGAGAGAAACCCUUUGCUUCUAAGGAAUAUUAAAAAGCCUCUAGCUACAUGACAUACCUCAUUGAGCAGAAGAAAAUUUAUAUUUGAUGAAAAAGUUUUGAACCUGGUAUGAUAAAGUUUUAUCUCAAACUGGUCUCUUUCUUUACAUUUGAAAGGUCAUAAACAGAUAGUCUCUACAAAUGUAGGAAAUGUGGAAAUACCUUCAGCGACAAGUAAAGCCUCAUUCACCAAAAAAUUCAUACUGGAGAGAAACCUUGUGAAUGCGGGAAAGCUUCCAUUCAGAUGUCACGCCUCAGUCAGCAGAGAAUUUGUAGUGGGGAAAACCCCUUUGUCUGUAAGGUAUGUGGGAAAGUCUUCAGCCACAAAUCAAAUCUCACUGAGCAUGAGCAUUUUCAUAAUAGAGAGAAACCUUUUGAAUGUAAUGAAUGUGGAAAAGCCUUCAGCCAAAAGCAGUAUGUCAUUAAACAUCAGAACACUCAUACUGGAGAAAAGCUUUUUGAAUGUAAUGAAUGUGGAAAAUCCUUCAGCCAGAAGGAAAACCUUCUUACCCAUCAGAAAAUUCACACUGGAGAGAAGCCUUUUGAGUGUAAAGAUUGUGGGAAAGCUUUCAUUCAGAAGUCAAACCUCAUUAGACACCAGAGAACUCACACAGGAGAGAAACCCUUUGUAUGUAAGGAGUGUGGGAAAACUUUCAGUGGCAAAUCAAACCUUACUGAGCAUGAGAAAAUUCAUAUUGGAGAGAAACCCUUUAAAUGCAGUGAAUGUGGAACAGCUUUUGGCCAGAAGAAGUACCUCAUAAAACAUCAAAACAUUCACACUGGAGAGAAACCCUAUGAAUGUAAUGAAUGUGGAAAAGCCUUCUCUCAACGAACAUCACUUAUUGUCCAUGUGAGAAUUCAUUCCGGUGAUAAGCCUUAUGAAUGCAAUGUAUGUGGGAAAGCCUUCUCCCAAAGCUCAUCUCUCACUGUGCAUGCAAGAAGCCAUACAGGUGAGAAGCCCUAUGGAUGUAAUGAAUGUGGCAAAGCCUUCUCUCAAUUUUCAACUCUUGCUCUGCAUUUGAGAAUUCACACAGGUAAGAAGCCUUACCAAUGUAGUGAAUGUGGGAAAGCUUUUAGCCAGAAGUCACAUCACAUUAGACAUCAGAAAAUUCAUGCUCAUUAAGAAAACCCUAUGAAUAUUUUGAUAAUUGGAAAGCAUUCAUCAGGAAUUUAUAUCUCAUAGCACAUCAGUAAUUAUCAUUCUGAAGGAAAACAUCACAAAUGAGGGAAACAAAAACUAAAAACUUAAGGGACACCAGAGAAUUUGUACUGAAGAGAAAGACAUUUGUAUUAUAAAAAUCCUGUGCCCUGCAAAAUAAUCUACAGCAAAGGUAAUGCUGAAACUUUAAAUGGAUUUUCACUAAGUCAAAAUAUGCUUCUUGUUGUUACUGUCUGCAUAGAUAGAUCUGGAGAUCUUCACCAGUGUUGUAAGAAUAUUAAGUUGUAAGCAUUGGAAAGGAAAUUACUUUUAUGAUAUUGCUUUAGCCACACAGAAGAGAUUCUGGAAAUACCUAUGCAUAUAUUAGAAUUUAGAAUAGGAGAGAAAUGGCAUCAGGAGGUGAGAAGAUAAUGAUACUUUAAAAAAUGAUUUGGAGAUAAUUCUCUGAGGAAAAAAGUGACCAUGAACUAUGCACAAAGGUAAAAUCCAUGGGGAUUAAAAACAGGAAUAUGGAAAAGCUAUAUACUAAAAUGAUUAUGACCUUGGGAGUAGGGAAACUUUCCUUAUAAUGAAUUGAAGAAUACAUAACAUUUUUACUCUUGAGUUUGUAUGCUCAGGAAAUAUGUACCGGGCUAUUUACUGUGGCUUGAUUUGUAGUAGCCAUAAAUUGGAAACAACUUAAAUGCCCAUGAGGAGUAAAGUGCAAAGUACUGAAUGAUGGGAUACAUGUCUGUAAAAUGUAACAAAUGAGAUCUACCUACAUGUAUUACAGAGAAAGAUAUCAAAAAUAUUGGGGGGAAAUGACGUUGCAGAAUGACACAUCUUAAUACCAUGACAUUUUUGUAUAUUUGAAUUAAAAUUUGCCUCACAAAGUUCAAUACUAUAUAUUAGUAACAGACACAUAUGUGUGUGUAUGUAUGUAUGUAUGUAUGUUUUUGAAAUGAAUUGGAAAGAUACAGACCAAACUCUUGAUAGUAGUUUCCUGUGAAGAGUUGAAAAGAGAAGGGGAUAAGUGUUGGGGGGGGGGUGGAUUGGGGAUUGGUUAAAGGGGACUUGCUUUUCAUAUGUAAACAUCCAUUUCUGUUAAAAACAAGAGACUGCAAGUAAAUAUAUAUAUCAAAAUACUGGGUAAUUCUGGAUUGUGGUAUAUGGCUAUCUUGUCUUAUUUUUUGUACUUUUCUGUAUUUUUAAAUUUUCUCAGAAUUAAUAAGAAUGGGGUGAGGAUGGGAACAUAACCUAUAGAAAUCAUGUUUGAAUGGAUUUAUUCCCAAAUACUAAACUUUUUAUAGAAAAUAAUUGUAAAAUUUUAUCAAUGAUGAGUGGGUGGACCUGUUCUCUAUGUAGUAUGAAAUUAUCUAUUUUAUUAAAAUCACAAAUUAUAGCAUAAUUCAAGUCUUUUUUUUAUCAUGUUAUGGAACACACUAUAUGGUUGGUCUAUACAUUUGUAACAUUUUGCAACAUUUAAGCUUAGAAAACUUUUAGAGCUUUUAGUUAAAUUAAGGAUACACAGACUUCAUAUAACUUGCCGUUUUAGAUAAACCUUCUGGAAUGUCAAAUUUCCUGUCUGUAAAUUUCCAUGGGAACAGAUAUGCAUUAAUAAAUGGUAGUUUUAUUUUUAAAAAAAGCUUCCUACAACGUCCACAAUAUGAGUUAAAUGCUAACACCUGGAUCUUAUUUACAAGCUACAGACUCUUAUCCCUCCCAGUGGUUCGAAACCCUCUUGAGUUUUUUCCCCGCUUUAUUGAGGUGUAGUUGACAAAUAAAAUUGUAAGAUAAUGAAAGUGUAUAAUGUGGUGACUUGAUAUACAGAUACAUUGUGAAGGGAAUACACCCCCCAAUCAAGUUGUUUCUUUUACAGAAGUGUAGAGGUUGGGACAGUAUGAGAAAAGUGGUACAGAUCCUAAGAAGAAUUAUGUGUAAACCAAUCCUUCCUAAAGUUGUUUUUUCUUUGCCCAUGUUUGCAGUGUAAAUUGAUAUGUCAUUGAAGAUUUUCUUGAAUAGUAGUGAACAUCAGCAAUACAACAUUUGAGAUUGACUUCAAAUCUGCUUUUAAAGAGCUUUUAAGCCAUGACUCGUUUGGCCCAUUUGUUGGGCCUUGUUCCCUGAAGCAAGAGGUAACGGGUUGGAUUCCCAGUCACAGUAUAUGCCUGGGCUGCGGGCUUGGUUCCUGGUCAAGGUGUGUACAAAAGGCAACCAAGUUGAUGUUUCUCUUGCACAUUGAUGUUUUCUCUCCCUCUCUGUUUCUUUCCCUGCCCCACUUUCUAUAAAUAAAUUUUUUAAA